AUGUCAGGACAUCACCGCAUCACCCUCGCCGCCAAUCCUCCCUACUUCGAUGGCGACAAGUCCAAGUACCUGGGCUUUGUGGAUGCGUGCACCACUUACAUCGGUGCACCACUUACAUCGCACAGUUUCGAGGGCUUCCAAGGACUAAAAGCGGGAGUCACUGCAACAAGCUUCUUGGAGGAGCUUCAGAGGGCCUUUGGGGAUUCUAACGCAGAGCAAGUCGCUGCCGCCCGACUCAUGGCCCUUCGCCAGGGCAGACGGUCCUUUGCGGACUACAUCUCCGACUUCGAAAUGCUGGCUGCAGACGCGGGGUACAACGUGGUCACCACCACCGACAGCAAGGGCGAGUACAAGAAGGGGGAACAGGACAAUAUCCUCAUCGAGUUCCUGGAGCGCAGACUUAGCAGCGAAAUUGCAAGCCGCCUCUACAACACCGGCGUUCCCCUACCCAAGGUGUAUGGUGCCUUCAAGAAUUGGUGUGUCAACAUCGAGGCAAACACUCUACGUGAUCAGCUGCGCAAAGCAUCGCAUGCGCAAUCCGCACCACGACCGCCUCCCCAAUUCCGCCCUCAGGCAGCACCAGCGGCGCCCACGCCUGCCCCGACCCGGCCGGCUGCCAACGAACCAAUCCCGAUGGAAAUUGAUCGGACCCAUGCCCGCGGCCGCAAUAUCAUCUGCUACAACUGUCAGCAGCCUGGGCACAUUGCGCGGAACUGCCCUGAGCCCAAGAAGAAGCGCACAUUCUUCAAUCGGGCCACAAUGCUAGAAGAGAUCGAGAACGGGGACAAGGACAACGAGUUCCUCAAGGAGAUCGCCGAGAAGCUGCGCGAGAAGGGUUUUUGA